UAAUCAGCAUUAAGACGGACGUUAAAUAUAUUACUGCUCAACAAAUAAUGGCAUAUAUAGAUGAUGGUCUUCGUACCAUCAAUAGUCUUAAGCCAGUCUCUUCUGGCCGUCGAGUAAAGCAGACUUUCUAGCGUCCAAAACAAUACAGUCAUAAUGAAGUGGUUUCUCUGUGCCGUUCUUGUCGUCCUCAUGAAAGUGUCGUACUCAGCUAAGAUUGUGUACAGAGAAAAUGAUGCUUAUGGUGGUUGCGUGAUGAAGGAUGUCGUCGAAAAAGUUGGUUGCUACAGAGACAAUGGGGCAGGAGGUAGUAAACCGAGACCUCUGACUGAAGAACUGGUCAACAUCCGGGAUCCUACUAACCCCGUAUACGUAAAAGAUCUUCAUCUAGACUGGAAUAAUUGGCAAGGAAGUCUCGACGGGCUUGUUUGUGAAUGCGCAAAGAGGGCAGCAGCAAAGGGCUACAAAUUCAUUGGACUGCAAUUCUACGGAGAGUGCUGGAGCGGCCCUAACUCAGAGGAUUAUGCUCAAGAUGGAGAAGCAAGUACAUGCAUCCGGCAGUACUUCACGCCAUGUGAUGUGUACAACGAAGAACAUCCGUGCGCUGGCGAAGCAUUUACUAACUAUGUGUACAGUGUAAAGAACGUUUACUUGAAGAGAGUAAGCCCUUAAACCAAGUAAACACGUAAUCUAUACCGUAACAAGUCAGCAGUCUGAAGUGAUCGACACUCUUAUUCGGUAAUUCAUCAAUAGUCACGAGUCACUAAUGCAAAAGUCACAGCGUACGGGAGCUUUGCGGGUCGUGGUUGAACGACAAAUAGUUGAAGUAGAAGUCUAGAUAGAAGAUUUGCUAAAUCAUUACAAAAUAUGAUCAAUCAUUUUUGUAAGAAAUUACACAAAUUUUUACACACAAUUUAGUAAGUUCAAUAGACCUCAGUAGACCGUAGACCUGCCAAACUUUGCACUUUGUACAAUUUUGUUAGUUAACUUUUCACGGAUAUAUGGUCUACUCUAAUCAAUAUUUGACAAAUUCAUCCAUUCGCAUCCAUUACGUUAUAUUUUCUUCAUACUAAGUACAGUAAAAACCCGCAUAUAAGAACCUAAAAUUUAAGAACCUGUUAGGCUAAAAUCUCAUUUUUAAGCACCCUUCACAUAAGAACCAUUUUAGGCUAAAAUCCUAAAACAGGUUCUUAUUUUAAAAAAAGAAGAAAGAAAUAGAAUCAAUCUUUUCAAAAAUAUCUUUAUAACACAGUCUGUACACAAUAAUGCUAUAAACACUAUAACUGUACAUGGUUACUGUAAAGAACAUGUCCUCAUUGAAUAAAAAAAUCCAACUUAAAAUGAAACUUUAUUUUAUUUCUUGAACAAAAGUUAAGAACCUAAUUAAGAACCUAGUUAGCCUAAUUUAACACUAAAUACCAUCUAUAUAAGAACCUGUUUAGGCUAACUUGAAAAAUCCUAGGUUCUUAUACGCGGGUUUUUACUGUAUUUAGGUCUUCAGGUCCUUUAGCUUUCGUGCACGUUGCUACAGACGGCCUCGCGGGACGUAACCAGGAACUAUCUGCAAAAGAUGCAGCGCGCUUACGUGAGUAUGUCAUUUCCUUUAGCAUUAAAACCUAAUCUUCUAUAGUAAAAAAAAGUUUAUUGAAGAUGAAAAGCGUUUAUAGCACUCUCGUUUUCUUUUCAAUCAUGAUUAGGGCACUGAUGAUUACCACAUCAAUGAUAUAUUAGGAGAAUAUUAUCGAAAUAUUAAUGGUCUGAAUGGACCAGAAUGAGCCAUUAGCGGGGAGACUGAUCACUCUCGUAAAGGCUAUUCUAGGAUUAGUUUCUUUCCUUUUUUCUUUUUUGGAUGAGCAAACAAAACAUGUUUUUCAAAGAUUGAAUAGGGAACUCAGUAUAUUUUGUAAUGGAGCCAGUUUUCACAUAUCAAAGUCUUUAAUUCAUUUCCGCGCAGGACAAACUUAACCUAUUCCUAAAUGUGAGCAUGACUAUUUACUACAAUUAUCAUUGAAGUGCUACCCGCAAAGUUAGAUGUCUUGUUCGCCGACAAGCAUUUCAACGACCGUCAAUCAAAGAACUGCAAUAAAAAACUAUAUCUGGAGGUAGAUUAGUUUUUAAUUGUUUCAAAUAUUUAAUAGCUCUGUUGCAGCACGACGAACCCGCUUGCUUUUUUGUUUUCGCUGACUU